UCACGUCGUUUCGUAAUCGAUGUAGUAUCGCGCGGCAAUUCUUCCGAUGGCUGUGGGCGCCAGCUGUUGAUUGGAGAGCCGCAGUAACUUGUUCGCGUCCAGCUUCUUGACAGCCUGGGAUGCAAGUAGAAGUGAAGAGCGUUUUUCGGCUGCAGGCUUCUUACCGAUGUCACAAUGUCCCGUCGCUUUGCAAUGAGAUGAGGAUCGUGAAGAAGCUCCUCUGGUUUGAUGCCAUACACGUGCGGGCUUCUGGACAAAAUGGAAACGGGCGAUGAUGAAAUAAUGUAUUUACGCCACAGUGACAUCUACGGCACCUGGCCAUUCUGACGAAGAGGUACGUAUACCCCAAAUAGUCAAUGGCAUCGUUGAUGUCUGCGAUGUUGUUCAUUGCGAUUUCGGCGUUGAGGGCGUUGCACAUGUUGUCAAGCAUCUUGCUCUCGAUGGGAAUCUACAGAUACUGGAUGAGAGGCUGAAGUCAACGCCAUCCGACUCACUUGGUUGUUUAUCUUCAUGAGAUAGCUGUCCAACUUGUCGUGAGAUGUAAUGAGGACGGCAUGGCCGAGGUCGUCGAACUGCGGGCGGCCAGCCCUCCCGAAAACUGAGCCAGUCGACGAUCAAGACACUGUACAAAUGUAAAUGUAGACUGUAUAUACCUUGAAGAAUGUCCAGAACAUCUGCAUCAAAACCCAACAUUAAGCCACUUCAAUGACUUCUCUCCUUUUUUGACCUAUGUCUCGGAAGCCUCCGUGCUUGGAGUCGAAAAUAGAAGAACCACGAAUGACGACGGUCCGCGCCGGCAGGUUAACUUUUGAGGAAACAAAAAACAUGCGAACAAAAAGGCCUGCGCGUCGGUCGUGAAAGCUUGUGCGUACCUCCCCACUUCAAGCAAAAAGUGAGAAAAGUGAUACAGAAGAAAAACAAACUCUGUUUCACUGUUCUUACCGCCAGGGUCGCCGUGCAGCACAGGACCUUGAUACAGCCCGUCAUAAAGAGCCUGACGGGGACCAACGUUUCUGCCUCCUGUGUCUAGCCGACCCUAUCCUUGCACCUUUCGACGUUUGAGCGAUCACUCCUCAACAUGCCUGCGUGAUGCAUUGCGAAACCGCUCGGGACUAGCUCUAAAACCUGAGGAGAGCGGAUGCGACGAACGAUGUCAGCCCGAUUCUAAACAAAAGCAUGUGAAUGGUAGCAAGAAUGUUAAAUGUGACAUUGGUCUAGUGCACACAUGCCUCGUGGUCAAGGAAUCGUUCGAGGUCGCCUUUUGCCGACGCAAUCUCCAUUAACGCUUUCGCUGCUGUGUAUGUGUCUCCUCGCGAGUGGACAAAGACCAUUGCCUGAUGUCCGCUGGAAAUCGCAGCCUGUACGGCGACACAAAGGAUCAAAAUGAAAGAUUGGACGGUGCUCAACGACCUUGAUCUUCUCAUAGCAGAGCUCGUUCAUCCGGUGAAGACGCUGCAGAAGCACAGAGCAAGAAAAUGUCAACAAAGGGAUCCAGAUAAACGAAAGGGAUGCAGACGAACGCACCCUUUGUGGAUCCUUUUCAGCAACGCUGCAGACAGCACAGAGCAAGAAAAUGUCAACAAAGGGAUCCAGACGAACGAAAGGGAUGCAGACGAACGCACCCGAUGAAUGUCUGCUGCAAUGGAAUGGGUCUGAUCAACGGACACGACAAAAGCACAGAACGAAUCAGCUCCUUUGGGUCGAUCUAUCUAUCCUUCUUCAUCGAUCCUUUAACCUGUAGGACGAGUCGAAAUGGAAUGCAUGAUCGGCCGGAACGUGGAAGAACUGAGCAACGUCGGUCCUGGAUCCUCAAGGCACACAGGCUUGUCGUGUCGUACCCAUCCAUUCGUCGGAAUCGGCCCCUACCAGUUAGGAAGUGUUGCCGAUAUGGCGACGAGCCGAAUGAAAGCGCCCGAGGUCUCCAUGUAUCUCUUUGCUCGAGCGACGAUGGACUCGAUGACCGGCCCACGGUCGUCAUUCAGCAGAUGCACCUCGUCAAUGAUGAUCAAAGCAACCUGCAGAUGUCUCCCAGGUACUGAUUGCGGAGAGUGAUCCGUGUAACAUCAUGUGUCGACCUUACCUUGCUCAUCAAGCUCGAAUCCUCCCGACCAGCCCCUGUGGCCGUGUUCCGAGUAAGUAUAUCCUGUGUGCACACACACGCCAUCCACUCGGAGGGCUUCCAUGAAAGGGUGAUGCUUACAAACUUCUCCGGGACUGUCACGAUGAGAUGGACUCGUUCCAGCUCCUGGCGAGUGAGUUGCAUGUCUCCAGUCAUCUCUUUGACCUCGAUGCCUGAUACAGCCACGGAGACACACCACGUGUACCCGAGACACCAGAUGGGCCCCGAUGCUGAUAUGGUGAACUGCCUUCCAACCAAGCGGUGCAAGGCGGGAUGAGAACUUCUCGACCACCUCGGCAACCAGGGCCUUCAUGGGAGCAAUGUAGACCAUCUUGAACUCCUUGGGUGAUAGGACAGCACCGAAUGCAUCCCUGUUCGCCUCAAUCGCUUGAAGGAUUGUCAGCAUCGCUACAUUGGUCUUGCCAGCCCCAGUAGGCGCGGAAACCAAGAGGUUCGAGGUGCUCCCGAAUGCCUUGUUGAACACGAUCGACUGCACGGUGUUGAGGUGUGUUGUCCCCUCAAAGGCCAUUUGGGCCCACUCAGGCAAACUCCCGACAGGCACAAGCUUGCCUCUCGGUGCCUGGUACAGAGGCGCGCAGAUGUACGAGGGUGGAGGGCGAUUAACAGUGACCUGCCUUCACCUCAGAUUUUCUCGGAGCAGGAACGUCUAUUUCUUCGUACUUAAACCUUUUCGGAGACAUCGCACAUUCACCAGGGGGUGUAUCACGCGUGCGAGGACGUAUACUGAAGAGACACGACUUCAUACCCUUGUGUCCGUUUUGUUCCUUCUGGCAAGACCAUCCUCAGUCCCGCUCCCCGUCCAGCAUCUGAGCCACAGUGAUGACAGGCGUCGACAGCAACAGGAGGGAUCGUUACAAGCGCUUCGGAUGGCUUCUCACCCCUGGCUGAGGCAGGCGGGCCGACGGCCUUUAGAGUUUGCGACAGCAUCUUGAGUCCACCUCUCGCACUGCCCAGAGUCUGUUCAGCGAGGUACUGUUGAUCGAAGCCUGAAACCCACCGCAAGCCGGGUGUUGUCGUUUGUGGUUGAUGACGGCUGACCUGUGGCUUCGAGGAUCUCUAGCGAGGACAGAUGCGGUCUCGUCCCUGACGCAAGUAGCAAGUAUGGAGCCGUCGUUGUGGUCCUUUAGGUCAGGUCAGCUCACCCCUUCCUUUCCUUUCUUGCUUCAUCCUUCGCAAGUCGGACUCCGAACGGAUUGAGAACUGCAGAGCAGGCCCACAGGGAGGCAGGCAGUUGGUGCUGGGGUGGAGAGUGCGAUGAGAGCUCUCAGCACGUAUUCAGCGCUCACCUGUGGCGUUUGUGUGAUGGGCUUCCGGUUUGUCUUUCUGUCUUGCGGCAGCCUGCUGAUCGCCUGUUCCCGGAGUGCGUCAACCAUGACCAGCAUCACGGGCCGCUUCUGCAAAAUGUCAGCCGCUGUCUCUAUGCCCUCGAUACCCAGAAGGUCCAACAUGGUGCCCUACAGAUGGCGUCAGACAGCGAGGAAGGGAUGCAUUCCCCAUGGCGCGCAUUGGGCUACCUGCAAUGCUUCAUCGGCCAUGUCACUGCAGAGAACCUCGAUGAUCCUUGACACUAAAUCUGACAGAAUGCAUGCAGAAUUGGUACACAGCAGGGACCAGCCAAAUGGGUCAGUCUGUCUUCGGCGGUAGCCUCCGCGGGUGAGUCAUUCACCGACCUUUGACUUGUGCCAGAGCGGGCUCGUUGCCAGCUCCGCGCUGCUUCAGAUGGUGAGUGACAGUCUGGCGUAGCCAACGCAUCUGACCGGCGGUGGAUUCCAUAUCAGCCGCGUCGCUGGGCACAGGGCUGGCCUCGGCAGGACAUCUCAACAGAGCCUCAUAGCCAGCAACACCUGCAGCCAGCAAACGGACAGGAGUAUCUGCAGAACAGCCAACUACAGCUAUCUCCGCGUGGUGCCUCGUUCCCUGUUUGUUUCCCCUCCCCCGCCCUCUAUCCAGCUCAGCUCACCACUCUGCGCUGGGACCCUCUCUGGCAGGUCUCCCUCGUCGCGGUCACGGCGACGCCCGUCGGCCCAAACACUCGCCAGGCCCGACACCAGCCGAUCUGCCAAUGGAUCAGCUAGUUGACCGUCAUCACGGGUCGCCACUUGUUCCUUGACCAGCAUGCGCUCCAGCACGGCCCUCUUGGAUGGGUCGUCGGGCUGGCCCACCCUCCCGUCAAUACCGUUACUGACGCCAUUCUGUACCGCAGUGCCUCUUCUCCGCACGAGCAGCUCAUCAGCGUCAUAAGCCCGCAU